CCCCCCCUCCCACUAGCGCAGUUUACUGUCAAGAUAGAGUAUUUUCUUCUUAGCACAAGGGUGGAAAACACCUAUAUUUUGCUCAGUGAUAGUCCAAUAUGUAGCUAGUUUAUUAACCAGUAUGCACGAUUUAAUUGUAGUUUCGAUAAAUAUAGCAACAUGUUGUUGAACGAAUCAAAUGUCAGUCUAGAGAAAUAAAAUAUUGACGGCUCGCGAAAUGGUAUCGACUGUCAAGUCUGGUCAUGGCGUCUGAAUUUUGGCGCUAGCUAGAUAGCGUUAGAGUGGACGUCACAUGCACAUGCCAAGGAUGGUGGACACCAAGCAUGUGUUCCAAGUGUCUGGGAUCAAGAAUCUCCAGAAGAAGGGAAAGUUGCUCCAUGGAAUCGUUCAACUGGGUGGAAAGUACAUUGGUGGCUCUGUUUAUAAAGACGGAACUACCCAUCUGAUUGUCACCCGUGAGCUGCCGAGUGAGAAGUUCAUGGCAGCCUGUGCAGGAGGCAAAUGGAUCGUGACUCCAGAAUAUAUUUUUGACUCUGUUAAGAAUGGUUCGUGGCUGCCAGAGGGGCCCUAUGAGUUGGACAUUGUCUCCAAGGGGGGAGUCCCUGGGACCUCUAACCCAGUAAAGGUGUGGAGGGAGAGGGUGACCAGCAGGGCCAUGGCUGGGGCCUUCGAGGGUUGGAGGGUCCUCCUGAUGGUCAAUGAGCCUACUCGCAGAGACAUGCUCAGAAGAAUCCUAAAAGCUGGGAAGGCCAAUGUGUACUCGUACCCUCCUCCCUCCCAUGCUGACGUGACACACGUGUUGACAAAACACGUCACAGAGCAUGUGAAGGCCCACAAUGCACCGUGCUACUCCAUAGAACACAUGGCCCUGCAUCUUUUUGGGGAGAACGUGUGUUCUGAUAUGGGUUUAACCUGGACAGAGGGCCAGCCAGAGGAGACACAGGAGGCCAAUGAUGCACUCUCCACAGACUUUUCAGAGCUGGAGAGCGAGGCCAGGGACUACAUCUCUCAAAUAGGGGAGCGGAAAAGACUCCCAGAUAUCCAGAGCUACUAUGCCCCCGGACCGUACGCUCAGACUGCUGUAGCCAACUUCAGCAACGUGCAGAGCCUCACUGAGUGUGGUUUAUUCACCCAAGCCCUAGAGGAGCUCCAGUUGUACCUGCUGCCAGGGCAGCUCCCCCCAGCUCCAUUCCUCCAGCCCCUCAUGCGUCACGCUCUCCACGGGGAUGCCAAGCCUUUCUUUCUCAGCGAGUUCCGCACGGUUCUCCACAGCAUCCUGAGGAACAACCCUCCCUGGGGUUCUCCAGCUAGCGGGACAUUCUUCAUGAAGGUGCUACAGUGUCCCCAGUGUCGAAAAGGAGUCUGGCCCCUUUUGGAGACAUCACUCAGGUUCUGCAUGGGUAGCAAGCCCUGUCACUCACUCCCUAGCCCCGCCUCCCCAGAGCUGCUCCGCUUCCAUGGUGACCUGCAGGCCUUUAUGCUCGAGCUCUUCAAGUGUGACAUGUACUCAGCUAGCAAAGGAGAGGCGGGAGGCUUGCGGUCGUCCGUCCUCUACAGGGUGUUCUGGAGCUUGUGGGAGCGCUCGACGCUGGCCUCCAAGGCCGUGCAGCAGAUCGCCCAGCUCCUGGUCCAGGCCUCAUUGUGGGAACGCUCUGUCUCGGAGGGUCAGGAGAGGGACUGUGAGAGAGACCGGAGGCAGACGCUGGUACUGACCCUGCAGGACACGCUGGGUGUGGUGGUGGACUACUGGUGGCAGGAGUACAGCCGCCUCAACCGCAGCCUGGUGGACAAAGGCCUGGAGGACCUGGCUCAACACAUCGCCAUCCUCUGUCAGGACCUGCCCCCGGAUGUCCUCCAGACGUUUGUUCCCGGGAUGGUCCCAACCAGGCUACGGAUGGUCACGGCAGACGCCAUCUUUAGGAACGUGUGCUGCAGGAACGGCAUCAUCAUAGGAGCAGAGCCCAUCUCGCUAAGGAAGAUUGUGUCCUCCUACCUGCCAGCCCUGGGGAGGCUGUGCGCGGUCAGGACAGGUGGCUCCAGAGUCUCCCGGGCAGACAGCGGGGGCCCUCGGCCUGGGACUGAACCCACCUCCUGCAGCUGGAGCACCCAGGGGACUGAUACAGGAAUGGCCAGCAGUCUGGUUAACGGAGCAGGUCUGGGCAAGGAGAACAUCCCCAGAGGUCUCAACCGUGUGAACACAGCAGGCGAGACACUCCUCCACAGAGCCUGCAAGAGGAACCAGGUUGAGACGCUGCUUCAGAUCCUAGCACUUCCUGGGACCGACGUCAACGUGAAAGACCACGCAGGCUGGACGCCCCUGCACGAGGCGUGUAACCAUGGCAGCCGUGCGUGUGUGGAGGCCCUGCUGCGCCACCGGCCCACCCCUCACCUGUACAGCCAGGUUGGUGGAGUCAGCCCCCUACAUGAUUCGCUGCUCAGUGGACACACGGACAUCGCCAUGAUGCUCCUGCAGCAUGCAGGCUCUGAGCUGCUGCAGCAGAGGGAUGGCCGUGGCCGGACAGCGCUGGACCUGGCCUCCACCGUCACGCUGAGGGAGGAGCUUCAACGCAGCGCCCUUGCCGGAGACGCGGUCCUGGAGGCCCUGGGGUCAGAGGUCAGAGACCUACCCUUCCUGGAGGCCUGCUCCUGCCUGCUGACUUGCCUGCUUCUCACCUACCAGAUAGAGAGGGCUGUCCCCUUCCCUCCCUCCUUCUCAUCCUCCCAGGCCCAGGACAGGCCACUCUCCCUGGGGGUGAAGCUGGCCAGAGCCCUGGAGAGCCACUCUGCCCGGAGGCUGACGGCGGGCUGGGGUGACCCACGGCUGGUGCGCCUGGCUGAGGACAUGGAGACCGCGUUGGGGGUGGAGGAAUGCCUGGCUCAGUUGUGCCCCGCUAUCAGGGAUUGCCAGGGCCCACACACACGCCUCCUCAUCACCCUGCUGGAGGAGAUGAAGGCCCACAGAGCAGCGCUGCCCUCUCACACACACACUGUGACACACACACCUGACUGAUAAUGGACAUUGACUGCGGCCGUUAUUCAAUCCAAAGCACGUUAUAGAGCAGAGCACUAUAACAGACUUUUAAAGGUGUUUUAUGCUUUAGCCAACAUGGACAACGUUUCCUGUGAAUGUGAUCUCCACUGUCUAGGUUCCUGCUCUAUACCGCACCUUUUGAGUGAAUUGUGACGUGCAUAAAUGAUUGUUGUUUACAUUUGAAUUCACGUUAAUCAUGUGACACACUACCACUGUUAGUCUUUUUUUUCAAUUGUUCAUAUACAUUUUCAUGUUAACACUGUUUUUAUAGAUUUUGAAUAAAUAUAUUUUGUAUUGAGAA